AAAAUGGAAAACCAGUCAUUAGAAUUCAGCAGUCAGUUAACAAUGGACUCAUUUGUAAUUCCACCUGGAGGAAAGUAUCCAGUAUUUAUUUUUGGUAUUGUGAUUUAUUUGUUUGGAAUGCUCUGCAACUUGACCCUGUUGUUUUUAAUUAUUCUAAAGAAGAACCUUCACAAGCCUGUGUACUUUAUCUUGUUCAGUCUCCCUCUCAAUGAUCUGAUUGGAAUAACCACAAUGCUCCCGAAGAUCCUGUCAGAUAUUGUUACAGAGACAAAUAAUAUUUAUUAUCCACUCUGUGUUUUACAGGCAUUUCUGCUGCACAUGUACGGAGGUGGAAUUCUGUUUAUUCUUGCAGCGAUGUCUUUUGAUCGUUACGUUGCCAUCUGUAUGCCGUUACGCUACAGCUCUGUGAUGACCCCGAGAAUGGUUGCUUUUAUUAUUUGUCUGGUUUGGGGUUUUGACUUAGUCUUGAUUGUAUCCAUAUUUUCAUUGCAGGCGAGGUUUGUCAGGUGCAGAUCUGUUAUCAUGAAUGUCUUCUGUGAUAACCCAUCUCUCCUGAAGCUCACGUGUGGAAACACCACAGUCAACAAUAUAAUCGGACUGUUUAACACGGCACUCAUUCAGGCUGUAAGUGUGUCCAUUCAGGCGUAUUCUUACAUCAAGAUUCUGAUUACAUGUGUGGGUAAGAGGAAAUUUGAUGCAAGAAAAAAAGCUGUCAACACUUGUGUUGCGCAGCUAAUUAUUCUGGUCAUAUUUGAGAUUGUUGCAACUUUUACUAUUUUAUCUCAUAGGUUCAAAGAUGUUUCUGUUGAUUUGCAAAAGAUUAUGGGAAUGUUGAUCUUUCUUGUACCUCCACUUCUGAAUCCGAUUGUUUAUGGCCUUUAUACAAGUGAAAUACGAAAGACUUUACUGAACAUUUUCAAAAAUAAAGUAUUUAUCUGA